AUGUGCUUGAAGGAGGCUCAGAGGACUAUCGUUUCCAUGGUGGCCUUCGAGGCUAUGAUGAGUGAUAAUCCUCUUCGUGCAUCUGGCUGGGCAUGGGGCUCUGGACAACACCAAAGGAGACCACAUUAUUCCAAGCCUGAUAUCAAUGGUAUAAUAAAAGAACAAUUACAUGUAGUGUAUCUGCCAAAGUCGAUUCAAGUCACGAUGGCCCUCGAGCCGUUGCAUAAGGUGAUGGACAAUCCGAUGUCCCCGUUGGAGGAGCUGGGUGCCGCUGAGAUGAAGUAA